AUUCUGUUCAUUUUCAUCAUUCAUUCAACAUCUUCAUUAUUGAGUUUUUUUUGCUUCUCUUUUCUUUCUCUGGCAUUUUUACAUCAAUUGGGACUACAAAUGUGUGUACAAACAUUGUUGAACAAAAAGAGGAGAAAAAUUAAGCAACCAUGGAUUUUAUGGAUUAUAAUGUGAUGAUUUUUAAUUUAACACCGUGCAUCUCUUGGACCAAUUCAACUGUUACCUAUGAUCGAUUUGGAUGCUCCGAUGAUCUCUCCGCACCAUCAUCCGCAUCAACCUCAACCUCAACCUCAGUUGCCUCAUCUUUAGCCGACAAGUUGUCCUCUGCUUCCUCACCAUCAGCUUCAGCCUCAACAACAGCAACAGCAGCUUCAGCGUCAAGGCUUUCCCUUUCCUCUUCGGUUGUAAUUAUUCUAGCCUCUUCUUCCUCUUCGCCGUCUUCGGUGGCUUCCCUGUCUGCCUCUAUACCGACCAAUGUCAACUUUAGUGAAACAAUCGAGUCUCUUUCAGGUGAACCUUCAGGUACACCUUUUAACCUUUGGAUGACCAUUUUCAUCGCAACGUCCAUUGCUAUACUCAGUGUGGUUACCAUUCUGGGCAACAUUUUAGUGCUCACAGCAUUUGUGGUUGACCGUCAAAUACGUCAACCAAGCAACUACUUCAUAGUUUCACUAGCAAUCUCUGAUUUAUGUAUAGGUUUCAUCUCUAUGCCAAUAUUUGCCAUCUACAUAUUACAGGGUACAUGGAAACUGGGUCCAAUGCCGUGUGACCUUUGGCUUUCCGUUGAUCACACGGUUUGCCUUGUAUCCAUUUACACCGUUUUGUUGAUUACCAUUGAUCGAUAUUGUUCCGUUAAAAUUCCAGCCAAGUAUCGCAAUUGGCGAACAAAGAAAAAAGUAAUUUGGAUGGUAAUGAUUACCUGGAUUGUGCCAGCAUUGUUGUUUUUCACAUCCAUCAUGGGCUGGGAGUACUUUAUCGGCUAUCGUGAUUUAGAGCCAGGCGAGUGUGCCGUUCAGUUUUUAAAAGACCAAAUAUUCAACACUUCAUUGAUAAUUGGUUAUUUCUAUGUUACCCUUGUUAUCUUGUUUGUACUUUAUGGUGAAAUUUACAAGACUGCCCGUGAAAUGGCCAAAAAGUCGGAAGAAAAGGCUAAAAAAGUUCAAUCACUGGUAACGUUGACCCGUGAACCUGGUGAAGGGCCGAUAGGUAGAGGUAUGGCUCUGUCCAAAACACAGAGUACUUUGUUGAGUCAAGACAAGCCCAAGCCAGGGUCAAAUUUAACUGUUCCGUCCGGUAUUGGAGUUGGACCAAGUAUGAGUGGAGCUCAACCCACGGAUGGUUCAGGUCCGGGUGAGUAUCACUUUAAAAGUAUGCAAGUUUAUGGACAGUCGACUAGUCAGUACAAGAAGCGUGAAGGGCCGAUAGGUGAUCCUGGUAGUGCUCAUGCUACAACCGAGGCUGGUGCUGGUCAGUGGACUGGUGCAGGAGGAGAUGGUGGUGCCAAUAGCUCUGAUCAAGAUCGUUCAAGUUCACCGAUAUUUGAUUCCGAUGAAGACUGCUCACCUCAACCUGUUUUGCCAAAAGCAACUAAAAACUCGAAAACUCGAAAUGCAAAAGCAUCCGAUGAAAAUAAGGCCAAUAAAAAAGGCAACACUAAAAAAGACUCGACCAGUAGUAAUCAAGCCAAACAGCUUCCCGUUUUAAUACCGAGAUCACCUUUAGCCUGUUCACAGACUCAUAAGUUAAAUAUUCCGCCUUUUCCAUCAAAUAAAAGUAAAUCAUCAAGUUCAUCUCAACAUUCAGAAAAUGCAUCAACAAGCACAAAAUUGCAUCAAAACCAUCCUCAUCAACCUUCAACCUCUUCCUCUUCAUCCACAUCAACCCAUCGACCCGAACCUCCAAAAAGUUUACCCAUUGAACCCACAAGGCAAAGUGUAACCAUCAAAGCAAAUCAUAUUGGUGAUUGUUUGGUACAAAAUGUGCCUAACUGUGAUUCAUUUAGUGUCAAAGAGUCAACAGACAAUGUUACAGGGAGUGGCGAAAGCAAUAGGCAACAUGAUAAAAAUGAUAAACAAAUCAAUAGUAAUAAAAGUAAUCAUCAAAAUAUAAAUAGAAAUAGAAGCAACAACGUUAAUAAAUGCCAUCAACAAGUGAAUCAAUUUAGUGUAAACUAUUCAAAUUCAAGUCAAACCAAAAGUCCACCUGGACCAUUGACUCAAUCAGGUCACGCGAGUGUUGGCUUGUCUGGUGACUCGUCGGGUGAUACAAUUUUAGUGAUGGAAUCGUCAUCCAUCAAAGUAGACCCAAGAUACGAUGAAGUAAACACUAGUCGAGAGACUGAUGAAGAAGAGGCCAAGCAUCCAGAUGGAGUUAGUGCAGUUGGUAGUGUGGUUGCCGGUGAGACUGUAAGUGAAGGAAUGGGUAUGAAUGGUGAUCCAGACCAGGAGCAGAAUGGAUUUGAAGAUAAAGGUGCUAUUGUGUUGAAGUUGUCAAAGCGCCUGAGAAAUGGUCGUAAAAAGAAGGAGAAAAGGCAAAAGAGUAAAUCAGAGAAUCGAGCUCGAAAAGCCCUGCGAACAAUUUCAUUCAUUUUAGGAGCAUUCGUCAUUUGUUGGACACCGUAUCAUAUCAAUGCUCUUGUUGAAGGUUUUUGUAAAAAUUGUGUCAACCAUCAUUGGUUUUAUUUUACCUACUUUUUGUGUUACGUUAAUUCGCCCGUUAAUCCAUUCUGUUAUGCCAUGGCCAAUCAGCAUUACAAAAAGACUUUUUAUCGAAUAUUAAAAGGAGAUUUACAUCGAACAUGAAAAAAUGUACAUUCAAAUUUUAGGUGAACAAAACUUGACCCAAGUUCGAGCAAAAACAAGAAGAAGAAGAAGAUGAAAAAAUCACUUUUAAAGACAACAAGAGAAACAAAAUACAGGGUUCCUACGCUAUUUUGGAACGAAUGAAAAUGAUCAUAAUUUUAGAAUCAGUAAUAAUUGAAGAAUAAUUUUUUAAUAAAAUGAAAAUUUAACUUUGGGUGAUCAGUUCUGUUGUGAUUCAAAUUGUUUUCUCGCAAUUUUGAUGCACAUUUUUGCUCUUUUAUAAAAAAAUCGGUGACACUUUCGGGCUCUUCCAUCUUCGAUCACUUUGAAAAAUUCUUUGAAAUGAAAGAGUGAAUUCAUAAAUUGGGCUUAAUUUUUUUACCUCAGCAAUAAUGAUCGAUUUUUUGAGCUCAAAUGAUCUUGAAGGCCGAUUUACUUUACAUCUUAGUUGAAUUAAUUGAUUAGCUAAUUGUUUAUUGAGGUAAACAAUCGAAAUUCAGAUUUAUGGCCAUUUUUCAGAAUAAAUUACAUAACUCUUUCAAUACUUGGUUAAAGAUUAAAAACUUAGUACCAGCAUAAUGCUCAAAAACCAUUCUAACAGUUUACGAAAAAUCUGCUUAGAAAAAUAAGCGGUUCAAAAGUUAUUAAGAAUUUUCUGCGUUCCAAAAUAGCGUAGGAACCCUGUAGAAGUACAAAUGUUCGAAAUUCAGUGUUUUCAUUGAUUGAAAGUUUGCUUUUUUUCUGUCGCCAAUUUCAAGUUGCACACCUUUAAAUUGGUCAACCUUUUUUUCAAUUAGAUAUUAAAGCAAAAAGCUAUCAUUUAAUAUCACCAAUGGUAAAUUGUUAUCCAAUUAUGAAAAGGCAAAAAGUUUCAUUUCUUCUUCUUCUUCUUCAUCCUUUUCAUCUCAUCUUUCCUUACUCUUUUUUUGCUCUCUGUUGCAUCCUUCUUUUGCUCCUCUUUUUGAUACAAAAACAUUUAUUAUCUGUACAAGUUUUAUCCUCUUCUGUUUUGUUUGGUUUCAUUGACUCAUGGGAACUCAUGUUAAUAAUAUUAGCCUCAUCAUCAGAUGAAACAAUGUAAUGAUACUAUGUCAACCAAGAAAAAAACUACAGAUAACACAAUAAAAUCUAUCAAAAUAAUAAUAAUAAAGGCAAUGAAGAAAAAGA